AUGAGUCUUUCGUCUGAAACUAGAGAGUUGAUGGAGCAACAUCUGUGUGAAUACACAAGGAAGGAGGCAAGUCCUUCAAUGCGAACAAAUACUAUCCAGCUAAAGAACUACAGUUUCUCACUACACUUAUAUAUUCCCGACUUCGGAGUAACCGAGAUACCAUUUCAGAGCCAGGCAGGGCAAUCCUCAGAGAAGAGCACCUGUAUCCGGGAUGUUCUUUACUCACACCUGGGAUUUAGGUAUUCUACACCGUCUGAGAAUAACAGAGAUAAAGCAUCCAUUCUACAACAAUGUAUCAGCGAAGUUAGAACGAUUGCUCUGUUCUUCCCGGAUAUACGGGCCACUAAUAUCCGGAUUUGCAUGGCUGCUUGGCUAGGAACGUUGUGUUCCAUUGAUGACUUGAUUGAAGAUAUGAUGCCUGAUGAGGCGAGUGUUGUUCUACACCAUUCGAUACAGGCUCUACGAGAAGAAUGCUCCUUUACCUCUCCCCAGCACGCGGUUGUUGAGUAUUUCAUUGCCUUCAAGCGACAUUGCUUAACAUAUUUAUCUCUGGAAGUAGCUCGACGUUUCUUUGAUAGUGUUUGUAUUACACUUGAGGGGCUACUUGAUGAAAUAGGCUUCAAUCUGGGUUACUUGCAAUACAACCUGGAGACAUAUAUGAGCAUACGUGGGCGUACGAUUGGAAUUAAGCCCUUUUUUACACUCAUCAAAAGCAUACUCGGAACAAAUGACCAUCACUGGUCGACAGAAAUAUUGGACAUGGAGAGGAAUAUUUUCUCUAUAAUUGGUCUCCAAAACGACCUAGUUGGCUUGGAGAAGGAUAUCCAUACCAAGCAGCAAAUGAAUGCUGUUUUUGUUAAUGCAGCACACAUUACCAACAACAUCACAUCCGCACGGAAGGAUGCAGCACUUCAAAUUGCCACCAAAAAUAUCUCUGCUUUGCAUAACCAACUUAUGGAGCAUGUGUUGGAGAACCGUGCAAAUCUUCAGCAGAGGACCAUUGGAAAACUUGCGUAUACUCUCGAGUCUAGCUUUGCAGACAUACAACUGCUGUUUACACAGACGCAUCUCAAGUGGUGCACAUCCGCGAAGAGAUAUACGUUACUGCCGCAGAGCUAA